CAAUACUAUUUGUGCCUAUUAUGUUUUAAAUUAUUGGUUUAUCAUUAUUAUCGGGCAUUCGGGCCAUUAUUUAUUAUAUUUGAUGGUAAAAUAUUAACUAAUAACUACAUAUUAUAAUUGGGUUUUGUGAAACGUAGGUUUUUAACUUGAGUUCAUUAGGUAGUUUUAAUUUUUUAACAUGGUUAAAUUAAAGUUUUAUUACGACUUCUUGUCUCAACCAAGUAGAACUUUGUACAUAUUUAUGAAGAAAACCGAAAUUCCGUUUGAACCAAAACCAUUAAGUUUAAGACAAGGAGAGCAUCUCACUAAAGAAAUUGAAAGCUUAAAUCCGUUUAAGAAAGUACCUUUUAUUGACGAUAAGGGAACAGUUUUAAUAGAAAGUGUUGCAAUACUUCGUUAUUUAUGUCGAACAUAUAACGUAGCUGACCAUUGGUAUCCCAAAGAUAUAAAAAAGCAGGCUCUUGUUGAUGAAUAUUUGGAGUGGCAACAUAAUAAUAUUAGAGCUCAUUGUACAGAGUAUUUUCGGUACAAGGCGCUAUGGCCAUUAAAAACUGGCCAGGCAGCAAAUAUUGAAAAAGUUACAAUACUAGAAAAAAGAAUGACCGAAAAUCUAAAUUUAUUAGAAAAUAUUUGGUUAAAAGAUAAACCAUUUUUGUGUGGAGACGAAAUUUCAGUUUCUGAUCUUGUUGCUGCUUGUGAAGUCGAACAACCAAGAAUUGCUGGUUUUAAUCCGUUGGUAGAUUGUCCAAAUUUAACUAAAUGGAUAACUAGAGUCCAAUCAAAGUUUUCACCUUUUUAUAAGGAAGCACAUGAAGUUGUCGAACAAACUGCUAAUGAAUACAAGUCUUAUGUUUGUGAAUUAAAUAAAAAGAAUAUAAAUAACAUGGCUAAGUUAAUAUUUUAUCACAAUUUAUUGUCACAACCAUCCAGAGCAUUGUAUAUGUUUUUUAAAAAAGCUGAAAUUCCGUUCGAAGAUAAAGUUGUGGACAUAUUGAAAGGAGAACAGUUUACACCCGAAUUUGAGGCUAUAAAUCCAUUCAAAAAAGUACCAGUCAUCAAUGAUAAGGGAUUUGUUCUUACUGAAAGCAUUGCAAUUCUUCGUUACAUUUGUCGUACUUAUAAUGUAGCUGAUCACUGGUACCCUAAAGACUCUGGGAAACAAGCACACGUAGAUGAAUAUCUUGAGUGGCAACACACAAAUACUAGAGGUGAUUGUGCUCUCUAUUGUUUACAUAAAGUAUUUUGGCCUCUAAUUGCUGGAAAACCAGUAAAUGAACAGAGAGUGGCACAAUUAGAAAAAAGAAUGAUGAUUACUUUAGACUUAAUAGAUAAUGUUUGGCUAAAAAAUAAAACUUUUUUGAGUGGAAACGAAAUUUCCAUUUCUGAUAUUGUUGGUAUUUGUGAAAUUGAACAAACAAGAAUGGCCGGCUUUGAUCCAUAUGCUAAUCGUCCAAAUUUAUCUAAAUGGAAAAUGAGAACGGCAUCAUAUUUAAACCCGUAUUAUGAAGAGGCCAAUGAAAUAGUUGAAAUAUAUGUAGCUAAAUAUAAUAAAAAAUAUGGUAAACCGAGUUCUAAAAUUUAAUUUUAUUCAUUCUAUUAAUAACUUUGAUCAUGUCAUAAAAAAUGUAUACAUUUAUUAUAUAGUAUAAUUAUUAAUUUAUCGAAGUUAUUGUAUAUUUUUUCAAUAUUGUUCAAAUUAAUUACUUAGGUUAGGUUACAUUAAAAAUGUUUGUUUAUUGUUAUAGUUAUGAUGGGUUGUUUUGUAUAUUUUUUUAAUUUAAUUUGAUCACAACAUUGUUUAACUAUGACUACAACACUUUGUUUUGUCUUAUUUAUGUUAAGAGUACUUACCUUAUUAUUUUAGUAAUUAAUUGUAAUCUCUAUUAUACCAUAGGAAAUGUUUUUAUACCAAUAAUUUUUAUUUUAUAUAGUAUUUGAUGUGAUUGAUUUAAUAUUAUUAUUUAAGUUUCUUAUGGUAUUAUAAAUGUAUAUAACUUAAU